UGUGCAUUCAGUGCUCUCUCGUGGAAUAUGUUGUAUUGCUAGCCCCCAGAAGCAGGAAGUGACGUUUUAGAUAAGCUAACGAGGUUGUCUUCAUUUACAAACUCAUUACCUUUCUGUCCACUGAGGUUCAGAGGAAAAUAGAUAUUUACAUAUAAAACACGCACCAUAAAUACUAGCUAGUUGUCAUUUUCGAAGGGAUACCACUAUAUACCGACCCAUAUGGCAGCACCCUUACCUCAGAAGGGACCUGGUCUGGCUGGUAUGUCCCUCCAGCAACAGCAGUCCCACCUCCUCACAGGCUGCGGCCCAAGCCCUGGCCAAAACCCCAUGCCCCCCCAGGGAGCCCUGAGAGAGAUCUCCCCUGUGUUCCUCUGUCGCAUUGGACAAGAGACUGUUCAGGACAUUGUAACACGUACCAUGGAGAUCUUUCAGAUCACACGAGCCACACAGCUACCCAAUGGGGUGACCCAGAGCCAGGCUGCGUACCAGGACCGCUUCGGGAAGCUCCAAGAGCACCUACGCCAGCUGGCCCUCCUCUUCCGCAAGCUUCGCCUCCUGUACGAGCGCUGCGUGGAGAUGACCGCCGAUCUGGAGGAGGGACCGUCAGAGCUGGUGCCAUAUGUGGGAGAUGACAUGUCCCCUGUGAGAGUCGAGCCCUGUAAUGUAGCUGUAAACCAGGAAAGACAAGAAGUACUGGAGAAAGUGAAACUGAAGAAUCAGGAGAUGAAAGUUCUGAUGGACCAGAUGAGAAACCUCCUAUGGGACAUCAACGCCAUGCUGACACUCAGGAAAUGAAAUCAGAGGUCACUUACAACCUCCCCCAAUGCACUUCACAAAGACCUCCAAUGCGAGGACCAUGAGUUUUACCUCCCUCAAUCUAGGCCCAAGUACCUCAAACCAUUGUUGUUCUGCAUUUGAGAUGCACCACUAAAAGUUCUGUGAUUUUACUUUUACAGUAAGGUGCUAUCAGAGACAUCGAAUGGACAGAGCUCAGAGGUUUUUCUUGUUUACAUUCUAUAUUUUGUUUUCAUUUUUGUACUUUAAUAUUAAUGUUUAACCUGCCAAGUAUCAGUUGAUUUUCCUGCCUUCUUAUUGAGUGCUGAGUUUUUUGAUUUUGUUCUAACCCCAAGCACUGACUUGAGCACCAGCAAAAUAAACUUGAAUCGGGUGUUCAGAAUUGUACUCUGUGCACAGGCGGCUGACAACCUAGCAUACUGACGUUAUGAGGAAACCAGAGAAGCUGCCUGUAUUGUUUGUGUACCAACACAAGUGGGUUUCACCUGGAAACUGAGAUCCAGACAACAGAGUCUAACUAGCCCAUGUCUGUGCUAGCUGCGCUGGGCGACACGCCUGUUAACCUUACAUUUUGAGAACAUUGCAUGCCGACUGUUAAGAAGCGUGUGAGUCCAUAGUAUUUUUGUACACAAGUGAUAGUUUACGGAGUCUUUUGCUACAUAAUAAAAUGGCGUUAAAAAACCA